AUGUUGGAUGACUUGCAGAUCAACGCGGACAGGAUUCCGCUCUACAAACUCAUCCUCCAUGUCACCCAGAUUGCCUUCUCUUUUGUGGCCUGGGUCUUGGCUAUUGUCGUGUUCCGCGCCAAGGACUCGUCCGUCAGUGGCCCGAACGGAUGGGCAUUUGCUGUGUGCUUCCUCUCAAUACCAGCAUGGAUCUACCUGAUUGGCGCGCCGCGCUUCCCCCGGACACGGCGCUUUGCCGAACCUCAUGUCAUGGUCGCCAUCGACUCACUCUACACAAUCCUCUGGCUGUCGGCCUUUGCUGCACAGGCCUCCUUCAACUCGGCUGGCAAGUGCGGUGACGGCUGCGGCGCCAGUAAGGCCGUCGUAGCUCUCGGUGUCUUCAACACCUCCAGCAUCUUCUUUGGCAUCACGACAUUCCUGAGCAUUUAUUCUCUCAAGUACUACCAGAUGAACGGCCACCUGCCCGGCUAUGAGACUACCGGCGCCAAGGGCGGCCAGAACAUCGACCCCGACAUGGCCGCCUUCUCGACUGCCCCGCAUGACGAGGAACCCUACGCCCGCAUCAACAACAUGGACCCCGACUACGAUCACAACGACUACCAGAGUGACAUGGGCGGCUACGGCGGCGGCUCAACGGUUGGCGGGGGUGGCAGCAGCUACGCCAACGCCGGUAGCCACAUGGACACCACCUACCUGGGUGGUGGCAACGUCUCGCAUUCUGACAACCCCUUUGACGACAACCACGGCCUGCGCCCUGCUGCGAGCUCGGCGUCAUUAGGCACCUCUGCCCACUCGGGCUAUGCGCCGCCCACGGUGCACGACACCUACGACGAUACCCGCCCUGUGCACUUCCCCGAUGCUAACUACGAUCACCACUAA